AUAUCAAACCUUUAAAGGGUAACUACCAACUCGAAGCCCCUCUUCUGUAAACGGGAACGAUCCCGGCCGGACAGCACGAAUCAGUUCCCGUUUACAGAAGAGGGGCCAUGCUCCGGCCAGUGACCUCUGUCUCCAUGGCUGCGCCAACCCUUCCAACUAUCUCCGGUCUCCACCAUGGCGUGUCUCCUCUUCUCCGAGCCAGAACAUCAAGCACCAUGUGCGCAUGCAUGCCCUCCCUGGCGCACCGAAAGGUAGCGCGAGAGCUGGUGGCUGAAGCCGAGGCGCAGUUGCUGCCCUCGGCUGUUCCUGCAGACGUACUCGAGUUUCGGAACAGCACCGGAACCGCCGUCGGCAUGCUGGACGUGCGUCGAGGCGUGCCUGCCUCAUCGAUUGAUUUCAUGUUGUACUCGUCACUUCACUGCAAAGUCCCGAAUGGUGCAAUCGAUAUUACAUCGGUUCUUAUUUCCCUAAACGCCUUGUCGGAUGCACCACAUUUCCUCAUGGAGUUCAUACAAGGCAGCCCAAGUUCAAUGGUAGUGAUUCUCGAUCUGCUCCCACGUAAAGACCUUGCACUCCACCCCGAGUACAUCGUCAAGUACUAUGAAAACACUGGGCUGGACAAGCAACGUGAGAACAUCGAAGAGUUGCCACAAACCCGUCCAUACCGGUCGCCGUCGCUCUUUGUGCGCAGUGCAUGUUCUCCAACAGCGCUGUCGGUCACCAUUGAUUGUGGUCAUGGAGGGGAGAGUACCUUGGAGGAGAUAGUGUCCAGCCAUCUGGCAUCAGCUGUGAAGGAAGUGCUUCAAAUCUGGCUUCAUAGUUGUGCUGGUCAAACAUCCGAAAUGGAAGAUGCCGAGAGGGAGAUCAUGGUCAGGAGGGAUCAAGCUGUAAGAUUAAAAUCAAUCGAGGUCGAUCUGACAGCAAAUUUGCCUAAGAUGUUCGGUCCAGAUGUGUCCAGCCAUGUAAUCGCUGAAAUUCGUAAGGCCUUUGGAGCCUAGCAUUGAGAAGCAGAAAUGUAAUCUAGGUGACUCGGCAUCCUAUUCCUAUAUUGGAAUCCAAUCACAAGCAUGUUCCUUGUCAAAGCUGUGAGUUGUAAGUAAUGCGUGCCAUGAUUCAUUACUUAUUAUGGCAGGGUCUUAUUUUUACACCAUUUCUCUUU